AUGCAACAAGAAACCGAAAGUUGUGUUUUGGACGAAGAUCCAUUGGAGGUAAGCAAUGAAAAAAGCGAAAACAAAUCGUCGCACGUGAGAGCUAUCCACCCAAGCAAGGAUCUAAAUAGAUAUAUAGUGGACAAGUUCCAUCAACCUACAGCCAAAUCAAAGGCCGCUCCUUUUGAAGCCAUCGAUCUUUCCAUCUAUAAACCUUCAGCUAGAUGCCUUGCUUUCUCGACAUCUGAAGAUCGCCUGUUAUUAUGGAUUGUAGCUUUCCAAUUUCGCUAUUAUGAAAUAACCGGAAAUGGAACCGAUUAUACUGUGAUAUGGGAAGAGCAAGACAACCCAAGCUCAACCUCGAAGUGCGAUAAAAUCUGUAUUCAUCUUUCAAUGAAUACAUCCACUGGCGAAGAAAAAUUGGUAACCAUUACAGUUUUUGGUACAACUGGGAGGAUCCUCGUGCAAGGGAAAAAAUAUGAUGAAUGGAGCAAAUUCGACUUUCCGGUGAUGCUGAAAAUUGUCAACACUCUCAGCGAUCUUCAACCUCUCUCUUCACUCUCUUCAGUUGGAGAUGUUUCUCUCUUUGGAGCCUCGCUUCAAAACUUUUUUACGAAUUUCAUAACAUUUGUCAGAGAUGAUGACAUCCCAUCAUCAAAUAAUUUGGACGCCGAACUUCCCUCAACAACCAAACCGGAAGCUUUAUUGCCAACUGAAACACUAACAAUCUCGCCAACCCGUUUAAAGACAAUCUCAUCCAUGCGAGACACACUCGGGCAGCUAGAGGCAGAUUUUACAGAAUUUCAUAUGACCACUACCGGGGAUUUGGAACAGCUAAAAGACAAAACCGUUAAACAAGAUCACUUAAUUAAGCUACAAAAACAAUCAUCUGACGAUCUACUCAAUGAUUUUUCCUCGCAGAUUACAUCACUCCAAAAAAUUCUCGGUUUUCACAUGACGUCACUAAAAUUCAAACUAAGAAACGAUCGAUUCUUCUGAGUUUCUGAGUUUCAUGAAGUAUUACAGCACCUAAACACCUUUAUUUAAAGAGAGUUUUGGUUCGAAAGGGUUCUUCGUUUUGCGAUAGAGGACGUUUGAAUUUCUAGGCUUUUGCGUGACGCGGCAUUUAGCUGGCGGCCACAACGGCUCUUAUGUGGGUUACAAACAUUACCAAUUUUGGGAGAUUUUGCUUUCUAAACAUUCCUUGUCUCAGAAUAAAUAUCACUUUAAUAUUUUAUGAGUUUUUCAAGCGAUGAAUUAACGCAUUAGUACGAAAACUCAAAAACAGAUGUUUCUGUUGGUUUCCGGCGGCCAUAUUUGUGCCCCGCAAAGGGACACAAACAUGGCGUCUCCAUACAAAGCUUUCUAAAUUUUGGUAAAACGUUUUUCCUAAUAUCUCACAUAUGAAAUAUCGCACAGACCUGAUUCUUGGCGAGGCCUUUUGCUUAUUUAUCUUCUUCUAUUUCCUAGAUUCGGGACUUUCUGUAUUGAAUGGUUUGCAAUUUUAUUUUUGAUUGCGUGACAGUGAAAACCGAGAAUAGUCUCUCAACAAUCAAGCAUCAUUAAAAAAUUGCAAGAUGAAAACCAGAUCCUCCACAAGAAACACGUACAAAUUGACAAAGCAAAUCAGGCCCUGCAAGAAUCACAAAAUAAUCUGAUGACAGAAAUUCAUUUCCUUAAAGAACAAAUGACAGCGCUUUGGCAAAACUCGAAGGAACCUGACCCCUCCAGCCCUUCCUCACAACCCGAGUCUUCUUGCUCCGAAAACACCACUGACAGCGAACAAAAAAAUACGGACUGUGAGGCAUCUCGACUACCCAUCACAGCUCAAAAGCUUACAGUAAAUAUUCCCACGGAAAACAGGUUUUCGCUGCUCCAGAAUUGUGACACAUCUGACAGCUUAUCCAACACACAGCAAGAAAUUGUCUCGGAGACAAACACAGAAAAUAUGACUCCACCUACUCCACAAGACAUCGCGCCACCGCCGAUCCAAGCAUCAGUAAACAAUAAAGCCGUUUUUCUGUGCGAUUCGAAUGGAAAAUUUAUCGACAAAAGAAAGCUUUUUCAGCCAACACAAGAUUUCACAUUCUUCAGAUGUCCCAAAAUUGAACACGCAAGGGCUAUUUUACAAAAUGAAAUUGAUAAAGAAUCGGCUGGACAUCCUCAAUUAAUCAUAAUCCACACCGGAACAAAUGAUCUUACUACAACCACGCCAAUAGACGACUUCAUCUCUGAUAUAUCUGUAUUAAUCACUCAAGCAUCUACAAAGUUCCCAAAGAGCAAAAUCGUUUAUUCAACUCUCUUGCCGCGAACUGACAUUCCCCUGCAUACUUUAUCCAAAAUAAACACAAACCUUAUUGACAGCUGCUCAAAACUACCAAACGUCCAUCUAGUUAAUCAUGACAAUAUCUUCUCCAAGGGAACUGAAGUGUUGCAUGACAGAAAACAUCUUAAAAAAAGACACCUUGGUUUGUUCGCAGCAAACUUAAAAGCAGCCAUUCGUGGUAGAGGAAAACCACCUCGCGCCAACUCCAGCCAAUUGUACCGAUCCUCACUCUCUUCGCCGCACUCGUUUCACACUAGCCCUUCGGAAGGCUAUCCUCCCUCCAGCAAUGGUGUUCGGAACAUACACAGCCAAGUCCACCAAACUUCGCGGCAGCAACAACCUUUACCUUCCCGUUUCCCAUAUACAACUUCCUCGGGUGAUGCCUCUUAUACUAAUGCUGUUAAAAACGGUCACAACACCUACAACAUUCCGCAAUCACCGCAACAGCAACAGAACUUUCCGCCGCAACACUACAAU